AUGAAAAUUGUGUUAACGACUUGUCGAAAUCAAAAAAGAAAUAAUCGACACGAUGAAGAAGAAUAUCUUGACGCUAUCAGGAAGAUUCUAAAGAAAGGUGUAAAACGAGGAAAUCGUACUGGAGUUGAUACGCGGUCCAUAUUUGGUAUGCAAAUGAGAUAUGAUUUACGAGAGAGUUUUCCGUUAUUAACAACUAAGAGAGUAUUUUGGCGAGGUGUAGCAGAAGAGUUAUUGUGGUUUAUUAAAGGUUGCACUAAUGGAAAAGAUCUCAGUGAUAAAAAUGUCCGUAUCUGGGAUGCGAAUGGUUCACGAGAGUUUUUAGAUAAUCUUGGUCUCACACACAGAGAGGAAGGUGAUCUGGGACCAGUUUAUGGUUUUCAAUGGAGACAUUUUGGAGCAGAAUAUAAAGAUAUGCAUACUGAUUAUUCAGGACAGGGAGUAGACCAGCUACAAGAUGUUAUAAAUAAAAUAAAAAAUAACCCUGAAGACAGGAGAAUCAUCAUGUCAGCUUGGAACCCUCUAGAUCUGAAUAAAAUGGCGUUACCUCCAUGUCAUUGUUUAGUUCAGUUUUACGUUGCUAACGGUGAAUUGUCUUGCCAACUGUAUCAGCGAUCAGCAGAUAUGGGUCUUGGUGUACCAUUUAACAUUGCCAGUUAUUCAUUAUUGACCUAUAUGAUAGCUCACGUUACACAUCUGAAGCCGGGAGAUUUUGUACAUACUAUUGGUGAUGCCCAUGUUUACGUGAAUCAUACUGAACCAUUACAAGAACAGCUUCAGAGAAAGCCUCGACCAUUCCCUACAUUGACAUUAAAAGAUGGAGUAAAAGAUAUCAACGAUUUCAAAAUGGAAGAUUUUGAACUAACUGGUUAUAAUCCAUAUCCUAAAAUAAAGAUGGACAUGGCUGUUUAG